CUGGGUCUGUCUUGGCUGGGUGGGAGCAUGUGGGCGGAGAGCACCCUUGUUUCACCUGGGAAGCAGGAAGAGCUGGGGACUGGCAGGGCCCUUUGUACCUAACCCUUAUCCUUACCUGUUCCUUGUACUGGGAGCUUGGGGCAUUGGCCAGCUGUGCCUGUCGAAUCAGAGAGAGAGUCCUGGGGCUCAGCCUGCUGCCUCCACGGCUGUCAGGGACAGCUCACUGCCUUCACUCACAUGGACCAAAGCAGGUUGUAGCUACCAUGGUGACAGGAUGCAAACAGUAACAGACUGGGUGGGAACAUGGAGCCUGCACCUACCCUGGCAGUGGCACCUGGGAAGAGGGCCAGGAGCAGGCCCAUCCCUGUGCUUCAGCAGAUCCUGAAGCAGGAGGAGGUGGGCAAGGGCAGGAACAAGCGAGGAGGGAAACCCAAAUCCCUGGGAGCACACACUGCCUGGCUGCUGGCAAAGGUGGAGGACUACAAGAAGCUGGUGCAAAGGUGGGAGCAGGAGCGGCAGCAGGCACUGCAGAGGGUGCAGCAGGAGCAGCGGUCCCUGGUCGCAAGCUGGCGGCAGCUCCGCCACGGCCUUGCAGAGGAGCUGCGCCUUGCCAGCAAGGAGCUUGUGCUGGUGCGGCGCGCAGCCCUGUGCUCCCUGCUCCAGCAAGAACAGCUGCAGCAUCAACAGGAGCUGGCACGGCUCGGCUGGGCCUUCUACACAGAGCGGCUCUGAGCGCCCAAGAAACCCCCUCCCAGUGCCGGCUGCGUGUGCAGAGUCACACUGGGGUAGGCAGCAGGAGAUGCCUUCCUGGGGGCCCUGUCACAGAGGGGCACAGACUGGGCAGAGUGACCGCAGUGGCAGCACAAGCUGCCCAAUGACUCAGGCACUGCAGUGACCUGUGUGGGGUUGCCCAUUUCCACCCCUCCACACUCAGUGCCUCCAGAUUCACAGCCUUCGUUGCAUCCCGGCACUUCCCCCUCUUCGCUCACCAGAGCCAAGCAGUGCCCUAUGAACCAGGAGCAGCUAUGGAAAAUGCAGUCGGAUGCGCAUAGAGAUGCCGUCACUCCUCUGUCUUGUCAUGAAUGUGUCAGCUAAUUACCAUUAAAUCAGGGUCGAGAGG